AUUCAAAUUCCAUGAAACUAAUUCAUCUGUACAAAUUCAGAAACGUUAUCACCGUGGUAGCAAUAUAAAUAGGUUGGCAAAAUUCUUACAUCAAUACAAUAAUAUGGCGAAAAUUCUAGAUGGAAAGGCUAUCGCAAAAUCCAUUCGAGAAAAAAUUUCCGAUGAAAUUAAUCAAUUGAAAAGAAAAUACCCUAGUUUUAAGCCUCGACUUGCAAUUGUUCAGGUUGGAAAUAGGGAAGAUUCUGUAGCAUAUGUAAAACAGAAAGAACAAGCUGGCAAAGAAGCUGGAAUUGAUUUUAUUUUGCAAAAAAGGGACGAAUCAAUUACCCAGAAUGAGCUUUUGAGAUUAGUCCGUGAAUUAAACCAAGAUCCGUCGAUUCAUGGAGUGUUGGUUCAACUUCCUUUACCGGAACAUAUUGAUGAAAAGUGUGUUGUUGAAUCUAUCGAUCCAAAAAAAGAUGUUGAUGGAUUUCAUGCAUAUAAUAUCGGAAGGCUGGUUAAAAGACGUGAUGAUCCUGCAUUUUUACCAUGUACUCCCAAAGGAAUUAUCGAAUUAUUGGAUCAAACUGGAAUUAAUCUUUCAAGUAAGCGCGCCGUCGUGGUUGGUCGAAGUGAUAUUGUGGGAUUUCCCAUAUUUACACUAUUAAUGAAAAGAAAUUCUACGGUUACAUUGUGUCAUUCCAUGACCGCCAACCUUCCUGAGAUUGUUAAAACAGCUGAAAUCCUAGUGGUGGCUAUUGGAAAAGCUGAAUUCAUAAAAGGCGAUUGGAUAAGUCCUGGCGCUGUAGUCAUCGAUGUUGGAACUAACGCGAUAAAAGAUCCAAAAAAAAAAUCAGGCUUUCGAUGGGUAGGCGAUGUAGAAUUUUCAUCCGCCUCUGCAGUAGCAUCAUAUAUAACGCCAGUUCCUGGUGGUGUAGGUCCGAUGACAGUUGCAAUGUUAUUACAAAACACUGUGGAAAGUGCCAAAAGGUUUCUAAAAGAAAGUAACGAACGCAAGAUAUCUACAUUGGCUUUGGAACGACUUGUACCUGUCCCAAGCGAUAUUGAUAUUGCAACUUCACAAACACCUAAACUUAUUAAAGAACUGGCUGAGGAAUUAGGGCUGGCCCCAAAUGAAUUUGAAUUAUAUGGACAAUACAAAGCCAAAGUAAAUCUUUCAGUCAUUGAAAGAUUGAAAUCGCGAAAAAAUGGAAAAUAUGUAGUUGUGACAGGCAUAACGCCAACACCAUUAGGUGAAGGAAAAUCUACAACCACCGUUGGUAUAGCACAAGCAUUGGGUGCUCAUUUAGGAAAGCUUUCAUUUGCAUGUGUUAGGCAACCUUCACAAGGACCGACAUUCGGCAUCAAAGGAGGAGCCGCGGGUGGUGGAUAUUCUCAAGUCAUACCAAUGGACGAAUUCAAUUUACAUUUAACAGGAGAUAUACAUGCUGUUACCGCGGCAAACAAUCUAUUGGCUGCUGCGAUUGAUGCACGAAUGUUUCAUGAAAAUACUCAGAAAGAUAAGGCUCUUUUCAAUCGCUUAUGCCCUGCUAAAAACGGUGUUCGUGUCUUUGCCCCUGUGAUAGUAAUUGACACAAAUGAUCGAUUCUUACGACGCAUUACUAUAGGACAAAAUCCAACAGAGAAAGGUCAAACACGAUCAACAGGUUUUGACAUUUCGGUGGCCUCUGAAUGUAUGGCGGUACUUGCAUUAAGUACGUCACUUGAUGACUUGCGGGAAAGAUUAGGUAGAAUGGUAGUUGCUACAAAUAAAGCUGGUGAUUCUUCUAUAACAGCAGAUGAUCUUGGUAUAGGAGGUGCAUUAACAGUAUUAAUGAAGGAUGCAAUCAAACCAAACCUUAUGCAGACAUUAGAAGGAACACCUGUGUUUGUUCAUGCUGGACCAUUUGCAAAUAUUGCUCAUGGAAAUAGUUCUAUAUUAGCAGAUAAGAUUGGAUUGAAAUUGGUGGGAGUUGAGUGUGAUGCAGAAGGAAAUCCAGUUGAAGGAAGUGAAGAAGGUUAUGUGAUAACAGAAGCAGGAUUUGGUGCCGAUAUUGGAAUGGAAAAGUUCUUUAAUAUCAAAUGCAGGCUAUCAGGGUUGGUACCUGAUUGUGUUGUUAUAGUUUCUACAGUUAGAGCUUUGAAAAUGCAUGGUGGUGGACCUGAAGUUACGCCCGGAAAUCCAUUACACGAAGCUUAUUUAAGUGAAAAUCUUGAAUUAUUGGAAAAAGGAUGUAUUAACCUUGUUAAGCACAUUCAAAAUGCAAGAAAAUAUGGCUUACCAGUUGUAGUUGCUAUUAAUACAUUCACAUCUGAUACACAGGCUGAACAUGAAUUAAUUCGUAAGGUUGCAAUAGAGGCAGGUGCAAGUGACGCGGUACCAUCGGCACAUUGGGAAUUAGGAGGAGAGGGCGCAAUAGAAUUGGGGAAAGCGAUCAUUAAAGCGACAACUAAUAAAGAGGAGAAACGAGAAUUCAGGUUUUUAUAUGACGUAAACAAACCAAUUGUCGAAAAAAUUGAGAUUAUUACAAAAGAAAUGUAUGGAGCUGAUGGAAUAGAGUUGAGUGAGAAAGCUAUUGAGAAAGUUGAAAGAUAUACUAAACAGGGAUUUGCAAAUUUACCAAUAUGCAUGGCCAAAACGCAUUUAUCCCUUUCACAUGAUCCAACACUUAAAGGCGUGCCUACAGGAUUUACAGUACCAGUACGAGACAUUCGAGCAUCAGUUGGAGCAGGAUUUUUAUAUCCAUUGUUAGGGGAAAUGCAAACUAUGCCCGGAUUAUCUACUCGUCCGUGUUUCUUUGAUGUUGAUUUGGAUACAAAAACUGGAAAAAUACAUGGACUAUUUUAA